CGGCGGCGGCCCGGCGCCUCCGCUGCCCACCACCGAGCGGGUGGUGAUGUCCGGCGGUCAGCUGAUGCGCACAGUCACCAACCCUGAGGUGCUGAAGCAGCAGGCCGAGCAGCAGGCGGCCGCCAAACAGCAGGGCAUCGAGGCCAUCAAGCACAGCCAGCAGAUGUUAGCCGCCAAGGUGACGCUGCAGGCCAAGCAGAAGGAGAAGCAGAAGGAGGCGCUGAAGCUGGCGGCCGACCUCAAGAAGCGCAACUCUGACCUGCUGGAGAAGCAGCUGAGCCAGCAGAAGGCGCUGCUGGUGCGCCUGGAGAGCAAGACGCUGAAGCCGGAGGAGCGGAGCACGCUCAUCACCACCGUCAAGUCGCUGCAGGAGGCGAUCGUUGCAGACGCCGAGCGGGAGGUGCUGGACGCCGAGAUGGACCUGUACCAGAAGCAGCAGGCCGGUGUGGACACGAGCGAGCUGCAGCAGCGCGUCAUCGAGAUGCGCCAACAGCUGAUCGCGUCGCGCGGCCGCGGCCGCGCCGGACGAGAAGACGGCGCUGCCUCGCUCACCUGGCGGUGA